UGGAAAUCCCCGCGUAUUACCAGUUUUCAAGUCAAGCCUUUAAAUCAACACUACUUGAUCUACAAUACCGUUGAAAACGGGACUAAGUUAUUCAAUGCGUAAAACCGACAUUAUGAAUGUAUAUUAUAAAAAAUAUUAAUACAUCACGCAUGUACCAGUGACCGAGGUGGAUUUAUAUGCACAAGAUGCCAUUUCCAGUGCCUGGACUUCCUACAGCUGCUGUUGUUGUGGAUAUUCACUGCCGGAAUACGCAAUACUCGCAACAUGUUGACCAGAUUUUACGGAGUUUGGAUCAUAGACAAGUAGAUUUACUUGACAUUACGAAGAAAUUAAAAAGGACUCGAUGUGUAUCACGCCAAAAAUCCAAACUGCUUAUUGAGAUCGCAACGGAUCAACAUUUAGACACGCGCACGAAGAUCUCGUGCUUUUUAGAGGCAGUUGUCAAUGACGUCCCGAUCAGAAGUUUGUACAGAGCGUUAUGUGAAUACGGCAACGACGAGUUGUUCCUUUUGCUUUUGUGCCGGAGGUUUUCAAACCCAACAGUUGUUGGAAAUGUCGAACUUCCGAACAAUACAUUUGCUUACCAAAGAUACCAGAUGUUAAGACGGUGCAUUGAUAAUCACUGUUACAAUGAGGGUCCACGGAUAGCUCUAGAACACGAAGAUACUGAGCAAACGGCUUCGUUCUAUACAAAAAAGACUCAGCGAUUACUGGACGAUUUGGUUAUUAUCAAAUUGAGUCGGGUACAGCUAUACGGAUCAAACGAAAGCGACACGCGGCGCGAACUUUUGAAAGAAAUGUUUCUGUUGUGCACUGAUAAUCUCGACAGAACAUUUCUUGAUUUGAUAUAUCAUUCCAAGAUGGCUGUAACGGCGGCUAAAUCUGGGGAUACGCCCGGAUGCCUGAUCAGCAUUCAACAGGCAAUGGCUCUGAUUUGCAACUGCCGCCCGUGUUUCGCGACUGUGAUGGCCCUUAAUGACGUCAUGUAUGCCUAUCAAGAGCUAUACUUUUUAAACCCAAACAGGAACUCAGACUUUCGUCAGGAGGCCGUUGACCAUAGUCGCCUUGCAUAUCAUAUCAUGGAGAGCAGCGCUUCGGACGCGGUGCAGCACCAGUGGAAACGAGUGAACCUUCUGUUUAAGGUCACGGCACUCCUGAACAUAUCCCACGAGUUCGCAGUUAGCAGCAUUGACGAUGUGGACGCAGACAGUUACGAGGAAGCCGAGGUUGCGGUAAAAGAAGUGGACAAAAUGGAGAGCGAGAUUGAAAUCCGACGCGAAAUGAUUCUUAUGUUGUGCAAAGCGCGGCUUUCAGAGAGUUCGGGCCCGGAUUUAGCGCUCGGCUACGCGGUACGCGCGCUGACCUCGCCCCGGAAGGAUGCAUUCGCCCGACAGAGAACAGAAACAUCGAGGCCUACCACAGUCGGUUAAGAGAUUUGGUAGACCGACAAGACCCUUCGUAGUUUCGCACUUUGCACACAGCUACGUUACCAUGUGUCCGAGUGCGCCUUACGCGUACACGCACGGAUCAUUCAGGCUUUUUUAAUUUGUAAUUAAGUCCGUUUUGAAAACAACCGUCAUCUGUAUGUGGGAAUUUUAGUGCUUAUUGUAACAUAUAUAUAUUACUUUAGGAAUGGAAGGACAAAAUGUAUAAGAAGCAAUUGAUAACUGAGGAAGCGAUUUCUAGGAGUAGGGUAUAUAUGUGUCUUUUUCUGAGAAAACUUGGCUUAAUUCAUGUGCGUUAAGUGUCGUCAGGCUAAUCAGGGACGACACUUUCCGCUUAAAUGGUACUUUUAGUUUCAAGGAAGUCCCUCCUUACCGAAAAUCAAGUUUAGGCGGAAAGUGUCUUCCCUGAUUAGCCUGUGCGGACUGCACAGGCUAAUCUGGGACGUCACUUUACGUACAUGUAUUAUGCCCAGUUUUAUCAGAACAAUACAUAAUACUCACAUAUGUGUCAUUUUUUGCAAUCGAUACUUUAUUUGAUGAAUUUCAUUGGAAGUUGCGAUUGUUUCAUUUACAAUUGAAUUACAUGAAACAGUCCAACGCCCUUCCUCUUAGAAUGGACUUGAUAUGGUUACAUGAACUUCUGAAAGAGCUUGUUUAAGUGUACAUUUGCAUGCACUAAAGGUUUAUAGAGCAAAUCAAUAUUGGCACGUUUUAAGUCUUACUUCGUUCUGUUAACUGUCGGACACAGUGCAUAAGUACAACAGUGUACAACCUAAACGGACACAUGUUAACGUUUAGCCAAAGAGAAAAUAGUAGAAGGGAAAUUUAUACACUACAGUAUUUGGUGUAUACUAAUGCACGUCUCCGAAAACUUAUUUCAAUCAUGUACAGAAGAAACUGUUUGCAAUUUAAAGGUAGGCACAUCUUUGCUUGUGUGUCAUCUUAUUAAUACCUCAGUCACAAAUAGAGACCGAUCACCGUCCGAUCAGCGGACGACGUACUUUUACGCUCAUUGGGCUGGCGCCCGGCCGAUGAUCGCAGGGACACCGGGUCAUUUCGUAGCAUCGGGCGUCGUCCGGAUUAAUUUUAAGUCUCACUUAAAAUUUCACUCGACGUCGGGUCCGGGAAGAAAUCAAGCUCAGAUCGAAAAAAGAUCGGACGAUCAACGCACGGUUAUCGCCCAAUGAUCGCCCGACAUCGGGUUCAUUGUACGUUAUCGGCAAAAAUCAGGUAUUUCCAUGGGACAAAUACAUCGGCCGGCGACCGUCUGAUUGCCAGAGGGCAUCCGCACGAUGACUGACGGAUGCCGGAAGGAGAUCGUUAUGAUACUCGUUCAACGAAUCAGAUGUCGGGCAAUCGCCGGACGAUAACCGUGCGUUAAUUGUCCGAUCUUUUUUUUUGUUAUCUACUAAUGCCUCAGUCACAAAUAAUCCGGUCGCCGGCCGAUGUAUCCGAUCUCCAGGCAUCGGGAAGACUGGACACGUCGGAGCCGUCCGCCGUCCGAUGAGUGACAAAGUUUAAAACCUCAGUCACAAAUAGACACCGAUCACCGUCCGAUCAGCUCAGCGGCCGACGUUAUUUUCCGCUCAUCGGGCUGGUGCCGGCCGAUGAUCGCACGCACAUCGGGUCAUUUUGUAGCAUCGGGCGGCGUCUGGAUUAAUUUUUUAUAUCACAGUUUGUUUUACCCGACAUCGGGCCCGGGAAGGAAUCGAGUCGAGAUCGAAAAAAGAUCGGACGAUCAACGAACGGUUAUCGCCCGGCGUGCGCCCGGCAUCAGAUUCAUUGUACGUGUAUCAUAACGAGCAUCGUCCGGCGUCCGUCGGGCAUCGUGCGGAGGCCCUCCGGCAAUCAGACGGUAGCCGGCCGAUGUAUAUGCCUCUGGGAAAUAGUAAAACCUUUACUUUUGCCGAUACACGUUCAAUGAAUCCGAUGUCGGGCGAUAACCGCGCGUUGAUCGUCCGAUCUUGUUUCGAUCUCAAAUCGAUUCCUUCCCGGGCCCGACGUCGGGUAAAAUUUUAAGUGAGACUUAAAAUUAAUCCGGACGCCGCCCGAUGCUACAAAUUGGCCCGGUUUCCGUGCGCUCAUUGGCCGGUCGCCAGCCCGAUGAGCGGAAAAAUACGUCGGCAGCCGAUCGGACGUUGAUCGGUGUCUGUUUGUGACUGAGGAAUAAAGUCGGGCCCGAUGCUACAAAAUGAGCCGGUGACCGUGCGAUCAUCGACCGGGCGCCAUCCCGUUGAGCGUAAAAAUACGGUGUGUCAUUUACUGAAAGCCUUUAGGCCUUUCAUCUGUAUUCAAUACCGACACUGGCAAUUAAUUAAAAUAUUUUACAUAUUUAAAUGAUAAUUUUAUAGCAGUUAGUUUUGAUUGGAUUGAUCUCAUAAGUUAUGGGCCAUUCUGUUUAGUUCAUGUACCGUAUACAAUUUUUUUUAUAAACCAGGUUUUCCGAAGGAAAAAACUGGUUAUUAGAUUGGCGAAUGUCGGCGGGUGGGCGGGCCGUCUGGUGGGCGGGCGGGCUGGCGGACGGACAGAACAAGCUUGUCUGGGCCAUAACUUUGUCGUUCAUUGUGAUAUUUUAAAAUCAUUUGUCAUAUUUGUUCACCAUCAUUAGACGGUGUGUGGCGCGAAAGAAUUACGUCGAUAUCUCCAAGGUCAAGGUCACACCUUGAGUUCAAAGGUCAAAAAAGGUCAUAAAUGAGCUUGUCCGGGCCAUAACUAUGUCAUUUAUUAUGAGAUUUUAAAGUCAUUUGUGCACCAUCAUUGGACGGUGUGUCGCACGUAAGAAUUACGUCAAUAUCUCCAAGGUCAAGGUCGCCACAACUAAAAAAAAGAUUUAUUUUGAAACAAAGGGGGUUAAUUUAAAACAAUCAGUUCAGUUUCACUCGUCUCCCUUUAUCAAACUUUUUUUUCAAAUUGAAAACCUGGUUUUGUGACAAUUUUGUCCCUUGUUUGACAUAAUUUAGGGAAAUGCUUUUUUGUUACCUGUAUACAAUGCAUUUUAUUUGUCACAAUUGAAUUACCCAUAUUUUCUAUACUCUUUACACAUGUCAUUUUAUAAAGUGUGCGUAUAACUCAAUGACUUUAGUCUUAACUAUGUUUAUGUUUUUCUCUCUAUACUACAUGUAUAUGUAAUUAUGUACACUGGUUUAUUUAUUCAAACUUAAUAUGUAAUUUUUUUAAAGAUAUUUUGUUCAAAUUUCUGCGAUAAACUAGUUAUCCUUAUGUUAUAUUUAUGUCAAAAUAUGUGGUGAAUAUUCAAAUACAUCAUAUUUUCCACUCAUUGUUCAAAAAUGUUAUACUCAAUGUGAUAAUUCUCAUUAUUUCUGUGCCAUAUUGUAAUUGUUUAUAUGUAUUCAUAUACAAGCACAAUGUUAAAUAUGUCUGCUUAUAUAUACUAUUGUUUAAUAAGAUGUAAAUCACAUUUCUAUGUCCAUCACACUAAAAGAUAUGCUAUUUUUAUUAUUAUUACAUGACAUUUGAGCUGGGUCAUGCUAAAAUGGGUUUUAAAGUCAUUUGCCACAGCGUAUUCUCGCAGUCUUUUUAGGAGUUACUCUGUCGACUAUUCAGACACACAAGGUUUCAUUGUCUCAUUAGCUGACAGAGUAGCUACUUACCAUACUGUGCAGGUUGGUCUGGAGCUACGUUGGCCAGGUAAGACAUUAGACUAAUUUUUAUUUGCAUUACGCUGGCCAUAUAAUAAAUAGAAGCAAGUGUAAAUGUAAGACUUAAAUGCUUCAAAAUUAACAACACUGCUUAGAAUCUCAAAGUAUUAAAUCUAUUGAAUUUACCUCUAUAACUUUGAAUGUAAUCUCUGAUGUUUUAUUGAUGCUGUUUUCAAUAAAGUAUUUACAGUUAAAAGA